GUAAUUUCUUUGGAAGGAGGUCCAGAACCUCUUGAAGGUCAUCAAACUAUUUAAAAUAAUCCUUGACGCAAUUUCCAAAACAAAACGAAACAUUUAUUACAGAUUUCAAAAGAAAACAGUUUUAAGAAAAAGCCACAGAACUGUUAAAGGCACAAAAAACUGUAUUCUAAGGCGCCAUUUUAGGUAAGCUAAUAAAUUAAUAACACACCAAAUUAACAUUAUUUUAGUAUUCCUGAUGCAAGUACCAGAAGAAGAGGUCAUCGAUCUCAUCGAUUUCUCAAGAACCAGACAAAGUCCAAACACGACUGAGCUACCUUGCAGGUACACACCCCGUACCUUGAUAGGAGAAAAUGUUUUUAAGUCGUUACAACCAGAUGAUCACCCAGAAACAAUUUAUCAACCACCCUGUGACGAAUUGGAGAAUAAGGUGGUGGCUUUUCUGGGACAAGUGAAAGAGCGACAAUCGUCACUUGGUGGAAUGAUCUUCAAGGGUAACGAAAAUCAAACGCCGUUAGAGUUGUUCAUGGAUUGCAUCUCCAAAGGCAAUCACAGAUUAUCGUUCGUAGCCCGAGGUAGAAGGUAUCAGUUGUUCGUUGAUGAUAAUCUAGUGGUUGAAACCUACAACGUCAACUUUAAUAUAUUCAUCAAACCGCUGGUGGAUGCAGCUUUCGACAUACUUCAAAACGAAUGUUUCAUCAUUAUGCAAACGGUGUUGUACGAAUCCAUAACGGAGGAGGACAUCGCAAAGGCUGAAGACCCCAACCACCAAAACUGGGUUUACACUACAAAGCCAGAGGUGUUCAUAGAAAUCGUUGUACGGGAAACCUGGGGUGGAAAUUCCCAUAACAAAAUUCUAAUGUCCAACAUCGAAAACAUUAUAAAACGUUUCGCUUAUUCUGAUAGUCUAUCACUUUUGUGUUUUGAUACUGAUUUUACAACGGCUGAAAGACGAUCAAUACAUAACAUUUCAAAAGAAUUGAAACUAAAAUGUCAAGACGUUGGCACUGGAAUUGAGAUGAGAACCAAAGUGUUCAAACAUUAUUCGAGGGAGGAUCUCGUUAGAAUUUUGCUUAGAAGUAAAUGUGAGAAGACUGUGUACCGUUUGGUUAUCCCACCACAGUUUUUGAACCAUUGGUCUGAAAUUAUUAAUCCAAAUGAGCCUGCUUAAGUAGUUAUAGGAAAUUUUAUAUUAUUUAAUUCAUUAAUUAUAUAAACCAUAAAUAAAUACGUUAAGUA